AUGGCCCCAAAGCAGCGUGUCAUCUCGCACCCCUCCCGUGGGGAGCCCCGUGGUACUGUGUCAACGGUUUACUCUGAGUUGACUUCAUCAGAGAAUGCCACCGUAGUGAGGAGCGUUCUCAUAUUCGGAGCCGCAGUUGCUUUCCUUCAGAGCCCGUUUAGCGAAUGGCUACUCCCUGCCCUUUGA